GCGAUGCUCAAGAUCUGGAACCUUUGAGCGUGUUCCCAGCUGCCUGGUUUCAGCGGUAUCUUACCCUUGCUGGAUACAACCCUGCAAUGCUGGAUGAUGCAAGGCAAACGCUGCGGGUCUUCGGUGGAUGUGAAGGAGCCGGAACGAGCGCCUACAUCGCGAACUACAUGCAGAAGAUGAUGGACAUUCCUGCAGAACUCAGCUUCACCAGCGAGUGUGAUGCUGAAGCGCGUGCUUUUUGUUUGAGACACCAAGAUUGGUCCCACUACUACAACGACAUUGACGACGACCAUGCAGGAGGGCACUGUUACGUGUGCGGGGAGGCACAUGCCGUGGCGAAGCGGCGUUCCCCAGUCGAACACGACCUGAUGAUUAUCGGCAUUCCGUGCCCAUUGUUUUCGAAUCUGAACAUGCAUGUGCGGCGUGAUGUCCAGUUCAACCCGUUUGAACAGCCAACAUCACGGGUUGUCAAGUCUUCGCUGCGGAAGAUUCGGUUCCGGAACCCGAAGGCGGUGUGCAUCGAAGAGGUUGCUUCGCUACUCCAGCCUUUCAAGCCUCCGCUGGAAGGGGAGUUCAAAGAUUACAAGGCACCUAUCGACUUCUUCUUGAACGGGGUUGAUCCAGUGACCCAAGAGAAGUACGGGCUGGCUUUGCCGGAAGCUGGCUACAUUCCUUACCACAUCAAAGUUUUGACCUUGCGGUCUUCGCAGUAUGGUUCCCCGAAUUGCCGCAAGCGCUGCUACAUCCUGGCAUGCAGAAAGGACAUCAUCGACCCCCUUAGCUUCAUGGCUAUGUGCCACUUCGCUGAGCAUAUAGCCCCUCAUGCACAUCAGGGGUCUGCCAGCUUGACCGAUUGUUGGGCGUUCUGUGAGCGAAGCGGCUCUCAGCUGACUUUUCCAAGCCCGGCGCAGGAUGGCUCUUCCCGAUCUUCCAACGACAAUGGCAGGGCAAGCGCCAGGCUUCAGGCUGUUCUGAAGCAAUUGGGCUUGCCCUCUUCUGGGCAGGGGCCCUUCAUACGGUCCCUCUCCAGGGGUCAAAGGCAGCUGUUGAACCAGCGGGAGCUUAUCAAAUUGGAAGUGGAACAUGCUCGACUCAAGAAGCGGGGUGUGGACAUCAACAACUCCUAUGUGGACAUCGCUAGAAGUGCUCAGCAGUCCAUGGGCGCUUACUUGAACGGCCGGGGGGCGGCAUUCUCCACGUCGAUGAAGCUGUUUCAUCUGGGAAAGAAGGCUUUUUUACCUGCGCAAGCAUUGCUGGCUGGUCAAGGCUUUGACCCGCGGGAUUUUCUCUGGAGUGGCUCGAAGUACAACCUUCUGACCAGACUGGCAGGAAAUGGCAUGACCACCAGCGUCGUGGGAGCUUGCUUCGUUGGACUUAUCCUUUAUUGCUAUCCAUUUGGGGAUGAUGCCGAGCCAUUGAAGCGCAACAGGAUUGUGCUUCCUCCAAGCAGCCAGUGGUGCUGGCAGGAGGUUGACAGCGACACUGAGGACACCCAGGAUGCCACUGAGACUGAUACUUCCGACGAUGCUGGCUCAGAUGAAGCUGCCUCAGAUCCCCCCUCAGACCAAGAAGGAGCCUCAGACUGA